UUUAUUCAAGCAUUCCUUUGCAGCGUGUUCUUCGUUUUCUUUUGCAUUGGAUCACAGGUGAACUAUAAGCUUCGCAAGCUGGCAGAAACUAUAGGACCUGAUGCAGGGAGGUUUAAGCGACUGGCAAACUCGGUAGAAGAAUUUACUUACUGUUUACUGGAUCCGCUUAAAACUGACUCAGGUUGGUGUAAACAAUUUGGAGACUAUUCCCUGGAUGAAAUAUUGAACGACGCCAUUGAAUUCAAACAAAAAAAGGUGGGGAAUAAAUAGUUUGAUAAAAAUUUCAUAGUUAACUCCCGAUAACUCGAACCAAAAUCGAUUUCCGGUGGAUUUCCGCCAUACAUUUACUGUAAUUUAACCCUUGGUAACUCGAAUCGAUCGUGUACUGCAAUACGAAACAUUGAAUUUAUUCAAAAACAUCAGUGUCAGUCGUGAAUUCUUUGUCUUUGAUGCCUUUUCUUCGGUCCAGUUCAAAUACCGUGUCCAGCACUGUAUAGUGAUCAGACUUCCAGGGGUGGAAGAAAAGGGGAGAUCGCUAGAACGUUAGCAUAACUGGCACAUUUCGCCGAUGAGGGUAACUGGAAGCGUCUGACACAUUUCUUGUUUUGGGUCAUAGUUUUAUUUGGUGCUUUCUGGGAUGGAAAUGAAGGUUCAUAAGAGAUCACUGCACUCGCGUCUCCUUUCGCGUGCGGUCGUGCGUUACUUCUCGCGACUCACCCAAUAGCGUAGCGCGUAGAUGACGUCGAAGUGACUAAUUUGCAAUUUUUGUCUGAGUUUUGUCAUUUUCUCAUUUCAAUGAAAAAAGACAGGCAAACAUGCCAUUUUAAUGACAAAAGUAAGACAAAAGUGAGGAAUUCACUAAUGGUAAUUUCAGUUUGUUUGUCUGAGAUUUGGGUCUAUAAAUAGUAAUUGCGCGCAGCGCUAUUAGACAGCUUGCUUGCAGGGUAAGUAAAUCCAUAUAUGGGCAAAGAUUACGUCUCUUUCUCUAUUUUUUGCCAGCUGUUCACUCACCCAGCUGUGCACAGUGAAAUGAAUCGCAAGUGGCAUGGUCGCGCUUUAGAGCAGUGUAAACCUUGGCAGCUUAACUUCCUCACUGUUUGGUGUUUGUUCGACCUGUUGUUUUCUCCAAUCCUUCUUGCGGUAUUCUCUUUGCGGAGAAACAGGACACCAGGUAAAACAUAUUAAAUAGCUUAUUGUCAAGAGCGUUAACUGUUUUGAGGGUAGUCGCUAAACAGGUCCUAGUAGCUUUAUUACUAAAUAAAACUGCCCGUCAUUGUGGGAAUUAUAGUUCAACCGUUAAGCAUUUCAUGACAGAGUGACUCAGAACAUAUUCUUUUUGCAGAUUAUAUGCAAUUCAUUCUUAUUCGCGGUGGUGAAAACAAGGAAAGGUCACAAAACAUCAAAUAUGGAAUAUCUUUCUUAAUUUUCACAACUUUUCACAAACUUAAGAAGUACAUGCUUGUUGUUUUGCUUUAGUUUCCCUGACCUAGUCUUUUAGAGCAAGGGGAAUAUUUUCGUCAAAUUUCGACGUGAACAAACUGAGAUAAAUUAAGGCCUGGGCUCAAAUCUAUUUUAUGAAAAUAAUUAAAGGGGGUGGUCUAAAACUUGAUCCAUUUUAUAUAAUCCUGAUUAACUUUGGGAUAUCGUUGACAGUAAAUGCUGUUUUGGAUCAUAUAUUAAUGUCAAGUAACAUGUCAAAGUUAUUUUUAGCUAAAAAUAACUUCCCAGCUAAACGGCAGUCUGGUGGCUGCAUUUAGGUUUAUGAUGUUGACACCUAAAGGCACAUAAUUUCUGUGCUUGGAAAUCGUGAGAUAGUUUUUCAUUGGGGAACUAGGCACUAGUAUAAAAUGCCGUGUAUUUUCAAAACCAAACAUAUUUGACGAAGGCCAAGCACAGUUUGUUUUCUUUUACCAUUUUGACUAAUCUAAUAGUGACAAACUUAAGGGACUGUAAUCAUAAACUUUUGCCAUUUUUGCUUUUGAAUUUUUGGCCGUAACAUGCCACGUAACCUUAUUUGCAAACGUCCACAUCUGCCAAAGUUUUAGGUUCUUAUGAAUAAGCUUUCAAACGUUAGAACACCCCCUUACUUUUUUGUGCAGUAGCUUGAAUAAAUGAAGCUUGAGAAAACAGACGACAUUACGCGACGCCACCAACGGUUUCCCUGCUAAUUGACCACUCCAGAAAAUACCAUUACAUACCAUAAUGCUCUUUGUUUGUCACCCCAAAUUUUGCAUAUAAACAUUGUUUUCAGUUUCUCUUCGGGCCAUUUUAACUCCCAAGAGAAACUGAAGACAAUGCUUAUGCAAUAUUUUGAUGUGACAAACAAAGAGCAUUAUGGUUUGUUAUGGUAUUUCUGGAGUGGUCAAUUGACGCCUGAGAAACGAGCGUAGAAAUUUCAUACUGAUGACGCAUUUCUUAGACGUCAAUUCUCGUUGAGACUGUUGGUGGCGUCGCGAUAUGUCGUCUGUUGUCUCAGGCCAGAAUAAAUGGAGGCGCAUCCUUUUAAGGUAUGAGCCUCCAAAAUUCACCUGAGAAAGAGGAUAAAUUCCACAUCUGCAGGCAUCUUUGGUCGUAAAAAACCUCAUGCAUUCAUGUAAGAAAAUUGUUUUUCACGAUACGAAAACUACGGCACAAAAAAUCAUUUUCGACUUCUCAACGACUCAAAUUUUUGAUUUUCAGAAGAUACCACGGGCGGAGGAGACCAGCCUUUAACAGUCUCCAGAGUGUACCUGGCUUUCCUGGAGUCUCCUAAAUACAAGUUUUUGCGUGAUACACUGAGUUACAUAAUCAUGCUUUUCCUUCACUACGCUCUCUGUCUGUCACCUUCAUCCAUUGCGUUCAGUGGAUUAGAGUGGGCCAUCCUAGCUUUCUACAUCGGUCGUUACUUAGUAGAGUUGAAGCAAAUUUCGGGCGUUAAGCAAUUUUUAACACGAUCAAGACAAAAAGAGGAUGAUAAUGCUGGGCUUAGCUGUUUCAAGAUAUUUUCAGUAUAUUUCAGGUAAAGAAGUAGGAAUGAACGAGUCCAACAAAGCCGAGGAGAUCGAUACUUUGGAAAAAGUUCUUGAAUAGUUUAUACACUGGCUUGAUAAGAACUACGCCUGUUCUUUAUAUUCGUUUAAAUAUAUAGACAUGGUGUCCUUCGGCUAAGAAUCUGCCAGAGGGUGAGCUGGUUUUUUUCCCGGCAUAAGUUCCUCUAAAAGAAGUCGACAUUAUACGAGAGAGACAGUAUUCUAACAUUUUACUAUUAUACUAUUUUACUAUCUUUUUGAAUCAGUUCUUAUCUGGCUGUGGGCGAUCAAAAUUCUCCAGCUAUUUUCCGAUUACUCGCACUACCAAAUUAGUUGACGGCGCCACCGUCUUUGUAUGACGUCAUUCGUGCAAUCUUAAUUUAUUAUUACACCAUUUACGUCAUUCCUCUGAUGAUGUCAGUUAUUGGACAAUUGACAUAAAUGUUACACAUGUGGUGCCUUGGCGCCUAACAAAAAUUUUACCGGGGAUCAGAAAGUUAACGAAGAUAGAUUUUGAAUCAAAAUUAAUAUUCCCGAUUAUGUUUUAGAACAUUUGUACAAGGAACAAUGGAGCUUAAAACUCGGCCAUGUUUAAUUAAAUGUAAAAAAUGACGCUCAUUAAUGGAGCUAUGUCAUGGCUGGCAUGUUUUGUGAAUAAAAUGCCAGCUACACGUCCUUAUUCGCUAUGAAAUUUGACAUUUUUCAUGUAAAUGACAAAAUCUUAGCUUUGUAUCCCCUAAGUAUUAUAUCAAACGUUACAAGCAACAAAAAUGAACUUGAAAGACUGUUAGAAAGGCUAACAAGUUUUCAAAAAUGUCAAUUGCAGUCUUUUUCAAUAUUCUUCGAAUUUAUUCAUCCGUUCUAAAAAAAUCCUUUGAAGUUGUUGCGCUAUUUAAACCUUCUUGAAACGUUUCGAGUUUUACUCAAUUUGGUUGCAGUUUCCACUGUUUGAAUUUUGAUAACUUUCGUGACACAGCACCUUUUUAUUUUACCCAGCUGAGUCAUAGCAACUUCGAAGUGAUUGUUCUUUGUUUUUAUUUUGAUUUAGUGACUGUUGGAACAGGUUUGACGUUGCAAGUCUUGUAAUCUACUUUAUAAUCCUGAUAUUGCGAAUUGCCACUUGGGUCACUGCUGGAUCAGUUGCAAACAACAGAACCCUCGUUAUUGCUGGCUAUCUGUACAGCUUUAACACCUUGUGUCUUACUCUCCGAGCUUUUGGCCAGGUGAUGGAACAACAAAAAGAUGUUGGCACCAUCCAGAUCGCCCUGUUUAGCAUCGUUAGAGACGUUCGGACAGUACUAUGGCAGUUUCUUGCGGUAAUCUUGGCAUUCUCCAUCGCUAUUACGAAGAUUUAUAUGUCCGAGAGAUCGUUUAUUGCCAAUAAAAGUGAACGACAUGAAAUGUAAGAGCCCAUUUGCUCAGAUUCAUCAUAGAAUUGAUACGCAUUGUUGGCGUAAAUACCUGCUGCAAAUAAGCAUCUUAUGACUCAUUUGCCCCUAGCUUGCAAGAUCUCGGUUUGUAGUUGUUCAAAAACUGUCGUCUUCUAGAGCGAUCUCUGUCGGCGGAAAAAGAGUAGCCGAAUUCUUCCCAAGCUCAUAAUGUCACGCACCGCAAUGUCCAAUUUGUUCACUUACUUGAGAGAGAUGAGAUGGAACCAAGACUGAUGAGACAAGAUUUGUCUGCUACGGUACCUUCCGUUUUCGAAAACUAAAAGUCAUACGUACCAUCAAUAAAUUCUAAAUUCUAGCUAAGUAAUACAUUCUCCUUUAAUUGACCUCUUGCACUGCAAACUACGUUACAGAAGUCUACUCAAGCAAGCGAUGUUGAUAAAAGUCAUCUAUUAACAUAUAUCGCUUUGUUUUUUAGUGCUUGCAAGAAACCUGGCCUUCCAUGGUAGGUAACAUGCUUAACGGAAACGACCGAGAAAACGAGGUUAAGAACACGAUCGAAAUGUAUCAGUGGGAAGGGGGUAUGAGGGAUUAGGGGGAGUGCAGCCACCUUGUCUUGUAAUAAAGAGGGGGGCUUAAGCUUUCAUCGGACAGCAGAUCUAACGAUUAAGGGUUGAGGAUUUUUUCAAAAGUAGUGCAACGUAUACUAUGUCAUACUGGAAUGUGUUGAGCCCUGACUUGCACAUCGCAAACGCAAUCUUGUAAAUGGUCCCAUGGGAUAGAAACCGGUACAGAAAAGUUUUUAUAUUUCACAAUCUUUUUCAUCUAAACAAGAUCACGUAGAUACAUCUGCAUGCUGCAGUAAAAUUUGCUAUCUAAAAGUGAACAACGAUAAUGUUUAAUUUUAACUUUUCAAAAAGAGAAGCAAACGAAGAAUUUUAAUCACAUUAUUUUGUCUUUCCUCCAUGCUUCAGCAUGAAACAAUAUGGGUAUACAUUUUACUAUAUGGAGAUGUUUUCAUGGAAGGAGGAAGAUCCUAGUACCAGGACGAUCCUAACGCCAUAUGUUUUUACUGUAUUCAGUGAUAAAUGCACAAGGUUGUAUUUGUUACUAGCCCUAGGGUCUUCCUAGCUGAGAGGUAUGAAGAUCCUAGCACCAUCGAAGUGGAUCGAUCCUAGCACCAAGUAAACUGCUUUGGCCAGGAAGAUCCUAGUAUUAGGAACAACCAGACUAAAAAAAAUGGCGGCGGCUCGUUCAGUGGGUAUCAGGCAAUAAAGGCCGACAAAUUUCGGUGAGCGUUGCCACCACCUGAUGAUUGUGAUAAUUCUGCUGAAAAAUAGUUACUAGCGCAAGCUAAGAGAGCCGAAGGGCCUAAUUUGCAUGUUUGUUGUUGAUGCCCGCCAUCUUUAAUUUCUUCUCUACUUGGUAACCACAGGGACCGAAAUUUCUGCAUGUAACCCAAUUGAAAGUUGAGUAGGGUUUUUCCACCUUUAAGGAUCUUUCUAGUGCUAGGAUCUUCCUCUGUCCAUGUAAACAGACCCUAAACAAUCCCUAUAUAUUCAACGAGGUUCACGUGAUUUCCUAUCCGCUGAGGGCCCACUGAGAUUAUCAUGUUUUAUUUACAGUUGGUGGGCGAUGUUCUCUCAUCUUGGCCUUUCCUUGCUGGAUCAAUCUGAAGAGUCUGACCCAAUGACAUCUGUGGAUCCUCCCUCGGUCAUCCUCGCUAAAAUCUUCUUCGUUGCUUUUCUUAUCUUGGGAGUGGUUCUACUAAUUAACAUGCUCAUAGCCUUGUUAUCGAAUACAUACCAGAAAACAGAGGUUAGGACUUGACUUGUUGUUCUUAAGCUAACUUAUAUACACUAUAUAUUCGCAAUGGGUAACAACAACAACAAAGAAAUAUUAUUACUUUCUUUUACAUUUGUGAAUUAGCCCUCUUUGCUUCCAUUGCAUCCACAAAAUUCAAAAGAACUUUUAUCUCAAAGACGGGCAUCGAGGGCCAGUUAUUAUAUAAAUAUAUGAAAGAGAAUGUAUUGAUUAAUUUGCCAGCGUUGUAGGCUAUGUUUACUCUUUACUGGAUAGCUGUUGCUCCGGGCAUGAAAACCAUACCGGCAGAGCUUCUGCUCACACAUAAAAAAACAGUGAUUGCGGUCCGAUUUUUUGCAUCGGAGCGAAGCUGCGCCCCGCAGAUCUUGAAUGAAAGUGAAUCGUCACAGAUCGAAUAGAUUUGUGCCACUCUUCGCCGCAGUGUGAACAGGUAAUCGGGCCUUAUGCUGCAUGAAGUAAAUGAGCAGGAGCGAGGAUUGUGACCCACUAAAAGGAAAGUAAAUAUUCAGAAGUGAGAAACCACUGGCAAAUCCUCUCGGCCAACCACUCCGCUAUGAUGUUCAGCUAGACGUGUGUGAACGACUUGUUCCAGUUCUGUCAGUUCUAUUCCGUUACGUUGCCUUCCAUCCUUAACCGGAUGGGUCUUCAUGUAGGCAAGAAAACUGUCUAUCCGGUAUGGUGGAGACAUAGAUUUGUUACAACUUUCGGCUGUAAAAUAAAAAUUAAGACGUGCUUUUACUUAUAAACAUGGAGGCAUGUGUGGCUGAGCGGUUGACACAUCGAAAUCUGGAUCUGGAGGUCUGGGGUUCAAGCCUCACCCAUCGCGUUGUUUCCUUAGAUAAGGAACUAUACUGCACUAAUUGUCUCUCUUCACGCAGGUGUAUAAAUGGGUACCAGUAACAUACUGCUGGUUGUAACCCUGCGAUGGACUAGCAUCCCGUCCAGGGAUGCUAAUCUACAGCAUAGUCUAUGGCAUAGCCAGGGACCUAACGUCUUACUUUAGAAAGCUGGUUUACUAACCAAGAACAAACGCCACUGAAUCGUAGCCAACAGUUACCAGCGCCGUACAAACGACUUAUUGACGCGGGAUCUGGCAAAACUAACUACGAGAGAACGACUGGAGACCUGACAAUUUGACUAACAAUAGACGACUGUUUAACUGUGACAAUAGAAGGAUCGAAACGCACCAAUUACUGACUACGAGUCUUCAUAGCCAAUAACAUCACGGCUUAACUGACAGACGACCAAUAACAUCGCGACGUAAUUGACCAAUCAGAUCAAUAACCAGAGUAUAGUACCAUCGACUGACGUGGAACAACUAACUUUGACUCUCAAGAUGACUACCGCGCGCACAGGUUGUCGAAACGUCAGUCACUGCAGUCAACAACAACAGUCCUAUUCAGGACUACGUUCACCCGGACGAUCAAACUCUAUAAACACUUUGUUACUACGUUUUUCUGAAUUGAUUUAGUGAUCAGUGCUUAUAAUCCAUUACUUUCGAGCUUUUGACUGUCUCGACAAUUGUCUUGUCUUUUGAUAAUUUGUUCCUUGUUUUAAUUCUUGGAAGGACAAUGCUGUAAGGGAAUGGUCGUUCAAAAGAGCGAUUACAGUUCAGACGUUUGAUGGAUAUGAUCCAAUUCCAGUACCUCUCAACGUCAUUUACAGAAUAUCCAUUACGCCUCUGAGGCUUUGCAAGAAAAAAGAUGAAAAACCGGUGAGAAACGCUGAUAAAAAGAGAGCAUUUACAUAUUUUUAUGAAAAGCUUUGAUAGCUGUUGGGUUAUAGCUGUGACUGUCAGUGUUUUGCAUCUUAACUAACCUUCACUUGACUUUUACUCGACAAGGUUGUUUAUACCAUGUUUUCCUUUCAGAUUCCGGGUUUGGAAGAAGACUUCGACAUAAAAAGUCUUGAAGAGGAAUACUUCGCGGAGCAUGCAAAUUUCUUUCCACUUACAGGUACGCUAUGUAUCCCAAAACAAAUGAGACAGCUAUUUUGCGGGGGAAGACUGGGUGGUGGGAGGCGUAGAAAUAGGGAGCAGGAGGGGUAUAGGAUGUGGGGGAGGAAAGGGCGGGAGAUUCCCCUGUCCCCCCACUAUGUUAACAAUCAGUAGCUGCAGUGUUUAGUCAACCUAUACAAUAGUCACCCAAGACUAAAGACAGAGGAGCUUUGACAACACGCCAAGAGUGUUGUAAACGAUUUUCAAAUCUGCCUUAUCUUCAAGGAUUCUCGGGAGACUAGGUCGGUGUUGUCUUGAACUGCAGUAUGGGAUUGUCUUGAGGACGCCAUUCUCUAUUUUCGAAUCCCGUGGCCCGUAAUAUACUAUGUUUCCCCGCCCCCCUCAAAUUUUGCAUAAACCAUUGUUUUCAAAAACUCCCGGAAGUACUGCAUUUUCCCAAGAGCAUUUGAGGACAAUAACGUAUACAAUUUUUCUUCGAAGGGGCAAACAGAGUGUAUUAUGGGGUUAUUCGAAAACAGUCAGUCCUGGGCUAUUAGGAGUAAACUUUAUUUACCGUAUUAAUUUAUUUACCCGCUUUCGGUUAAACGCCGCAGCGUUUAUUAAAAGUUUAGAGUUUAUUUCAAAACUGACAUGUCCUCAAUCACAACGAUUACGAUGACUCCUUUUUAGAUUUUACGUAAAAAGAAGGAUGUGAAAGUUUCAAUCUCUAGGUCUUUUUUGCUAAGAUACAACCGUAAUUGUCUGAAUGGUGUAGUGUACAUUAAGUUGUAACAUUGUUUUUUCUUCUGAAUGGCUUGGCAUUUAUUCAGCCCCAUAGUUGAAUUCAACACAACACUAACCCAAGCUUAAGGGCAACCUUUAAAAAGCAAAAAAUUGACUUUUCGUUUUGAACGUUCUUUUUCUAGCAAGAAAAAGUGGAAGGUAAUGAUCAUCACUAUCAUUAUCAUCAUCAUCAUCGUCACCAUCAUCAUCAUUAUCAUCAUCAUCGUCACCAUCAUCAUCGUCACCAUCAUCAUCAUCACCAUCAUCAUUAUCAUCAUCUUCAUCAUCAUAAAACAUUCGCGAUACAGAUUUGCCCGCUCAUUUAUGGAUGCAAAGAAGUAGAUAUCUGAACGUACUGUUCUACUUAUUUAGAUGAAAAGAAAAGUGACUGCUUGUUGCGAGAGACAGAGAAAAACCGUCAAAUGAUCAGUCAAAUACUCAGCACAACUUUCGCACCCUGUUCAAGUCAUAAGGUGAGGAGCCAUCAUCAAAGAAUCGAAUCGUUUGAGCAUUGCAAAAGGACCUACCCCUGGUGGGCACUCCUUUUUGGCCUAAACGGGUGUGUCACACUGAACACGUUAUGGUUUGUGGGGUCUUGAUUUUUAAACAGGGUGUACAAUUUCACUAUCUAGUGUCUGGAGCAGAGUGUCUCUUUGGACCGGAAGCAUUUAAAAGAGUGUGAAGGUUGGUCAUAGGCGGUCUACAUUUGUGAUAACAGCAAUUUUUUGCAAAAAUCUAAUUUCUUGAUAGUUGUUUAAAAAACUAUUUAAUUCGCUGUGCAAAAGGAGAUGAAUCAGGGUCAUGAAAUAAGGUCUCUUGUCUUGGGUUUAAAAGCUUCGGCGACACACCUUUUACUCAAACUUCCCUUACCUCAGUGCCCCCCUCCCCCGUCCCCGGGGGAUUUACCCAUCUACUGUAUUAAUGGAUCACAAUUAAUUUUAUUGUUGUUUCUUGUUAAACCUUUUUAAGUUAAAAUCUUCAUUUCCUGAUGGCAAGGCGUGGAAUUUGCAUCCAGGAAUACGAGUGGAAGGUCCACUUUUGACUUUUGAAUGUAGGAAAGCAGGGAAAGGAUGUAAGCCUUCUCGCAGGCAUUAUCAUGGUGCCAGAUAUGGUCAGCCAUUUUCUCUCGAGUUUCCUCAUUUUGAGGUAAGUUUCUGCAACAUCGACAACAACAACUGACACCAACAACAAACAAACAAACAAACAUUAUCUCUGUGGGUCUUAAGGCAACUGACUUUGUAACAAAACAGAAAAUCGUUCUACGUGCGGAUUUUAAUAAAUGACUUAUUUGUUUUUUAAUAAAACCUUCGGAGACUUCAAAUAAAGAACCUUUGUUUUUCAAGUUUACUGACAUAAAACCAGACAUUAUAUCUUGUGACGUGUACGACCGACUCAUAACCUCCCGAAGGCAAACUGAACCUACAUAUAAGAAACCUUUUCUUUGAAAGCACUUUACCUGGAAUCUUCCAAAUGCGACCAUCUUUCCUAGUAAGUGACCAUCACUACUUUUUGGAAUCACUAUAGCUCUAACUCCCCUUGAUGUUAUCCUCCAUAAAGCGACAAAGAGACCUAUUACUCAACCGCUGAUAACACCGUGAGUUUUGUUUUUUCAUUACGACAUUUCAUUUCUAGAUCCAAUGUUUGCCGUAUGUACGCUCUUAGAGUUUCCAUAGUAUAACAGGCAAUUUUAGAGUUCUUUAGCGUAUUAUCACUGAGAUUUAUAAAUGAAGAUAUGAUCGUCGCAGUGAUAAUUGAAAUUUAAGCAGUGGCAAAUUAACCCGAAGAACAUUUCGGGACUUCAACAGGAUUAGAACCCAUCAUAUAUGAUGGCCUCUGCGUUGGCGCUGCGGUGCUCUUCCCACUGAGCUAUAAAGACCCAUACAUUGGGAGCAGGCCACAUUAAUAAUAAUAAUAAUAACAAUAAUUUUUAACCAGGAGACUCUCACCCGGGUGAUUUUCAGAGAGGUCCUGAAAAUAGAAAAUAGAAAAAGAUAAAAAGAAGCGUAAAACGAUAAAAAGCCACAAAAAAUGCCCAAGUGGAACGUAACACAGGCAAAGCAAGACUCGCGUGGAAGUUAUUUCUUUGAAUUUCAACUAUAUCUAAUUUGUUGGUUCUUUUAUAUUUUCUUUAUGGUCGACAAAUCCUUAACGUGUCGACUCUUCCAAUUUCGGGCAAAUCUGUUUCUAAGAUGUUUUCUUUUUUUCAAAACAGGUGGUGAUUCUAGAAACCGGAAGAAAGAGGUGGUUGGGAAUAGGCAUUGUGAAUGAAGGGUACAAUGACAGUAAAAUGCCCGGAUGGAUCGAAGAAUCUGUUGGCUACCAUACGGAUGAUGGGAACAUCUUCCACAAUGCAGAUGAUCCUGAUGCCGCCAUAAUAACUGAGGGUAGGAAACCCUGUGAGCAACACUCUGCUGCUGUCAGAGCACCGGUCUGCCCAUCCUCGGAGACCCAGGGGUAGCCAGUCGAGUCGGGAGAAAAGGUGGGACGAAAGUUUUCAAGUAAGGGCGGAAGAGCCCCAGGGUACCUACUCUCACCAGACCAUUUCCAAAAAUUCAACCGGAUGCCGGCUCCUGAUUGGGCACAAAAAAUGCUUUGUAUUAUUGUACCCAAUAGGCGAACACAUCUCCUGAGCUCUUUUCCUGUGUUCGUACACGACGGCUAUUGUCUCGAUCACGGCUUGUCUGGCUCAUGCACUAAAGAAAUGCACGCAGUCAGAAAACUUUCAGUUUGAUAUAAAAUCCCCUUCUGAUUUCAAAAUAUAUACUUUCUGCUCGAAAACUAUAUAAAGACGCUUUUCCAAAAAUACAAGCUUCAGCUUACAACAGGUAUUCCUAUUUUUUCAGUAUUUAUGGUGAUUAUUCCAACUCGCUUACUUUGUCAAAUGCAAGUGAACUCUUCUGGAGCUGAAUUUCUGUCAACCAUAACCAAGUUCAUGAAGAGAAUGAAUUAUGUCAUUGCUUGUUUACGUCCUUCACAAAACGUGAAAUCAAGCAUUUUCAUGGGUAGUCGUGCCGUUGACGGCAAAGAAGUGUACAAAAAAGCGUGAUACACGUGCGAGGUUGUUGUUCUGCCUUGUCAAGCUAUUGCUUAUUUGACUUUCUCGUCGCCGCCGCAUCUUAAACUUCCUAUUAUUUACGAUACAUUGUGAUCCAAUUCAAUUGGUCCUGCUGAUAGCAUCCCAACCUUUUUUCAACUCAUCGAUCGAUCGGUAGUUCAUUCAAUUCGUUUCUGGUUAGGAAAGUAGAAAAUAGAAGUUUCCCUUGCACGCACAAGAUUGGUGAACGAACAGGGCAAGUGUGGCGAGACAAUAGCCGUCGUGUACGAACUCACGAAAACAACUCAGGAGAAACUGUUCACCGAUUGGGCACAAUAAUACACAGCUUUUUUUGUGCCCAAUCAGGAGCCGGCAUCCGCUCGAAUUUUUGGAAAUAGUUUGGUAAGAGUCGGUACCAAGGGGUUCUUUCGCCCGUACUUAAAAACUUUCGUCCCGCCUUUUCUCCCGACCUGACUGACUGCCCUUGGGUCUCUGAGGAUGCCUGUCUGAGGAUGCUCGGCCUGCCGAGCGGGAUGUCGUCGGUUCAAACCCCGCACUACUGUUGGAAAUGAGUAGGGGAAGUUUCCUCGGUGAUGUGAUGGGUGGGUUACCGUAAGCUCAUAAAAGGCCUGAUAGCGGCUGCCACUGGCGCCCUAGUAUACUGACGUCCGAGCUUACUGUUAACAUGUUAACAUAUAAUGUAAAGAGGGUGCGUCUUGUUAUCCUCUAAUCCACGACAAUACACACUACACGUAUAACUUUUGAAGGGCACAAAAACAUGCAUUUGAGCUUCCUCACGGCCUCGUUUGAAUUAGUUUGUAUUGUUUUUUAAUUGGCAGUAGCUUAGUGUUUUUUAUGUUAGUAGGAAACUCUUGCCAGAUUUUGGUUAUGGCAAACUUAAAUGUGUGCUUGCCAUAAUUUAACCUACCCGGUAUAGUACAGUAUGAACAGAGACGGCACAGAACUGGAACAAAUCGUUCACACACAUCGAACAUCGUACUGGAGCGGUUUGUCGAGGGGGGCUUGGGUCUCUUUCUCUCUCCUCACUCAUGAAUAUUUACCUCCGUCUCAGUAAGUCCCAGUCCUCUUUCCUACUUAUUCACUUCCGCUACCGUCCGAAAACCUGUUCACACUACACCAAACAAAACAAUAACAAGAACAAUCUUUAUUUGUACUCAAUCUUGCUCAAAAAUAAAUUACGACAAUGAAAAUAUUAAAAGUAAAAUAAGAGCACUGGCUGCCUGGAAUAACCAUGGGGGCUAGCGGAGCCAGGUAGCCAGUUGAUUUCAGCAUUGAAUAAAAAUUCAAUUACAGGUCAGCAAGAAAACUGAAGCACAUCUUUCUUGAUGACAGCUGACCCGAUUUGUGACGCUUCACUUUCCACAAAAAUUUCCCCGAAAUUGCCGAUCUCAUGCGCGGUUUUCUCCUCGGCACAAGAGCUACCUAGAAGCAAAAGCAAGCAAAAGCUAGUGAAAAUCCAAAAAGGAAAUUGACAACAAAUUAAUCACAGAGUUUUUAGAGACCAUUGAAAUUUAAUUUCGGGAAAAUUAAUAUUUUUAUUAAAUAUUUCCACAUGACAGUUCGUGUAUUAAAUCGUAUGUAUUUCAUUUGUCAUGUCAGGUCCUGCUAUGGCUCGCCGAGGUGAUCGCAUUCGCUGCACAGUUUUGUUUCAGAAAAAGCGAGAUGCAGACGGCAAAAUUCCAGUUUUCUUUACACUUAAUGGCAGUGAGAUAAUUUUGAAACGCGGAGAGAGCCCGGAAAGCAGCCUUAUUUUCAUGGACUUUAAAGAACCCUUGUUCCCCUUCAUUGGUAUGACCGAAGGUAGCAGUGUUUUGGCCAAGGUAAGGACUCUAUUUAGAUCUAUUUAAUCUACCUUUUAUAUUUAUUUAUUAUUCUUCGGGUAUAGAACCUUUUAUGCAAGAAUUUUUAACGCAUCGACUAAAAUUUGUAUUACUUAACCCUCAAACAAUAAUCCAUCUUUAGACCAUUUCCGAGUUGUCCCAAGCCUCGCUUUCAAAGCGAGGUUAAGCUGCGAUGUGUUUGGAUAUGACACUUAAAAUAAUUUUUGAUUUUCAUACGAAUAAAACUCGCUGUAACACGAAAGGUUUUGCACUUGGAUUUAUUUUGAAACUGAGGAUUUCUGGAUUUGGGAAAAAGCCUCAGAUUGAGGUGCUUCUGGCUAAAUCCGUAUAUGACCAUAUUUAAGGAUAAUAAUUUAUCAAAGUUGAGCUGAGAUGAGAAGAUGGUUAUGAUACACUCAAGAUUCGUAGGAACCAUGAUUUUAAACAGGCCUUUAAUUCGUGCUAAUUAUUUUAAGUAUCGCUUUUUUAAUCGUUACGUCAGUGUAUGGAACUCUCUCCCGUCAAAUGUUAUCUGUGAAUCGAGUCUUAAUUCUUUCAAAGUCUCCCUUUUAAGUUAACACGCUCAAAGAAGUAUUAAUAGAAGAGAAACGUUGGGUCUCAAGAUGUGUAGAAGGCCUAAAUGUAAUAAACGACCCUAAAUGUAAUAAAGUCCUAAAUGAAAUAACAUUUUGCCCUAAAUGAAAUGAAGUCCUAAAUGAAAUAACAUUUUGCACUAAAUGAAACGAAGUCCUAAAUGUAAUAAGAUUUGGGCUUAAAUGUGAUGAGCUCUUUAAGGGUGGUAACAUUAGGCCUUAAAUGUAGUGACCUCAUGCUAACGUCAUCAGUGACGUUAAUAACACUUCAUUAAAGGCUCUGUGUCACGACUGUCUACCUCAUUUUGUUAUUUUUGCUAAUUACCAUAUUUGCUCGAAUAAACGCCUCCCCGUUUAAGCGCCGCCCUCCAAUAAGUAGGGAACUUAAGAUAGAGACGUUUUCGGGGCGACGGCAACUUCAACCGGACGUGACAUCAUCAUUUGUUGGAUAUUGCGCAUGCUCCUGCUCACCACCUUGCCGUCGUGGUCCCGUGGGCGAAGUGAAACUGGGGUGUUUGGCGUUGUGGCGAAAACGUGAGUAUUUAACUUUCAUUUCAAUCAGGUUUGUUGCGUUUAGCAACCAAAAUUUUGCAGAUUAUCGUUCUUAAAUUGUCCUUGUUUUCUUUGAGGCACAUUUCAAGCUCGAUUUCCAAGCUCUGUUAUCUAAACUUACAUCUUUGAAUGUUUCUGUCUUUUCAUGUCAUAGGGUCAAGAUCCAACUUGGCAAACAGCCAACCGUAAGUGAGCUUGACAUGGACAAAAUUGUUCUACCAGCCAAAUAAAAGUAUCCAGACAAAAAAUAUCAGAGCGCCGAUAUUUUAAUUGUGUGUUUUUAGUUCGCUCUUUUCGUUAGAAUAUCGUAUAAAUGAAACGCAUUGAAAAUUAUACAGAAUAGUAGGUAAUACCAUAUACUAACGUGGGAAUACUGAAAUAAAGUUGUUACCGUUGUUGUUGUUGUUGGAUGCAAGUAUUUCCAGGGAAUUAUUUCAAUACCAAACUAAGAAUACGGUUCCUUGGUAGCAUUUUAAUGUUCCUGGAAUUUGCAAGGCUCCGGGAAGCCUGUGGAGAUCUUUUCUUUUUUCAACACGAAAUUCUGCCUUGCACUCAGCUGCAUCCCGCAUGUUUUUUAGCGUGAACGGAUCGUAACUGUCCCGAGGAAAAUCGGGAUUUUUGGACUUAUAAUUUUCCCACAAAACGAGAAACUCUUCAUCCGAUACAUGUUGUCUGCAUAGCAAAUAUUUAUUCUCUUACUUCUUUAUGUGAAGCCAUAUUUUCCUCUUCGGUAUUCUUCUAAUUAAAGGCCCCGUCCUUCUGAGUUCACUGCGAUCUUAAUGUUCGAUUUUUGACGGGGAGCGACGGCUGCCUCAGUUCCAGGCUUUCUCUGCCAGUUCGGUCGCUGUCGCCCCGAAAACGUCUCCAUCUUAAGUUCCCUAGUAUCGCCCCAAAUCAAAAUCAAUCAAAAGUCGUUACUUCUGUUAGUUUUAAAAUUCGGAAAAUAAUAAUUUAAUACCUUAGUUAAUACAAUUCUUAGCGCUGCACUUAAUAAGCGGAUGAUAACCAAGCCAAUUAUUUGUUUAAAGGAGUGAUCAAAAUAACAGUAAGAACUAUCGCAAAUUGUUUGAAACAUAAAAAGAAUCGCUCAAAACAUUAUAAGAAGGUAUUCUUAACACAGGAAAUACAAACGUAGGUAUGGGUGGACAAACUUGAAGAAAAUUGAAACGGAUUGAAAUUGUAAGUUUUGAAAACUUGUUAGCCUAACAAUUUUCAUAGUUCAUUUUUGUUGUUUGUAAUGUUUCCUAUAGUGCUUGGUUAAUAUAUUUACUUGAAGGAAAUUGUUAUUUUUUGUCGUUUAUAAGUAAUUUAUUUGUUAACGUUAAGUUCAAUACUACAUAUGGAAACGUACCGUAUUUACUUGCAUAAGCACCGCGACGCUUAUUAAAUUUUUCACCCCUCAAGUACUCAAGGAAUUGUAUUAUUUACGGUAUUAUUAUUUUUCGUAUAUACUAAACUAAUAGAAUAAGCGUCUUUUCAUUUUGAUUACAUCAGGGCCGCGGUGCUUAAUCGGGGACUGCGCUUAUUCGAAUAAAACGGUAAUUGGCAACAUUAACAAAAUGAACACAGCUCCUUUUAUGAAGUGUAACUUACGUCAUUGAUGACGUUAGCAUGACGUCAGUGCAUCAAAGGCCUACUUAACAGUUUAUUACAUUUAAGGCCAAAUGUUAUUGCAUUUAGGAAUUUAUUACGUUUAGGGCAAAACGUUAUCACCUUUAGGCUUUUAUAUUUAGGGUCGAUUUUUACAUUUAAGCUCUCUACACCUGUAGAGGUCAGUCUCACAAACAGCUCACAUGUAACAAUUAACUGCAAGAUUGGAACUCUUAAGGUGAUGAUAAAACAUUUCAGCUGGUAUUUUGCAUUUCUUACCAGGUGUAAGCUUUCUUAGCUCAUUAAUCGGUUCUUUUCAGAUGCAUGCCUCGGAGGAAAAACUUCAAGAAAGUGUAGAGGACAUUGUUAGCAGGGAAGUUAGAAAAGCGACGAACCGUUUGGAAGAAAAACUGGAUACUUUGUUGCAGAAGCUCGAUGAAAAGGGAAAGUGA